CAGCAAGAGAAGUGUCUAAAACAGUUCUGAAAAAUGUGCUAGUUCAAAUUAACAUGAGAAAAAUGGCUGCCAACACAAACCACAGUCUGAAAAGUGUUGAUGUCAGCAGUCAUGUCUCCAGCGUUUCUGGAUCUUUCUCUCAUCUUUCUAUGGGGUCAGAGUCCACACCGUCGGGGCCCAUCCAUGUCUUUUUUCAGAUUGGACUACUCAAAGAGCAUAGACAGAUAUCUGAGGGGCGCCUUAGCUUUCAAGAGGCAAAGCUUCUCGCAGCAGAAAUAAUUGAAAACAAGGCUUUGGAGUGCAGUGUCGUUGGUCUCAGUGAGAAGCUGCUGUUGUUCAGACAUGAGCCGGACACAGAGCAGAUUUUACAAAGACUCACGGAACAGCACCACAUACAUGAUGGAGAUCUGGUGGAGGUGGUGCUUGCUGACAUGGCUUCUGUGUCCAAGGCUAAUUUCCGCCCACAUUCCCUGGUUGUCCAAUCAUACCGCACACCUACAUUUUGUCACUAUUGCGGUGAGAUGUUGUGGGGGCUGGUCCGACAGGGCCUGAAAUGCAAAGGUUGUGGUUUAGACUUACACAAGCGCUGUGCACUCAGGCUGUCCAAUGACUGCUCUCGUGUAAAUCGGCGAUGUGGCCCCAGUCUGUCUCUUUUUCCUCCCAGUAGGCCAUGGUCUCUGUCUCUCUCCAAUCACUCGGGUGGAAGUCUGGAGGAGAUUAGCAUGUCGAAGCCCUCACGCUCUCGGCCUCCAUCCUGGGCGGAUUUGCCGGUGUGGGUGUGUGAGGGAAAGGAGGGCCGACCCCGUGUUCCUCACACCUUUCACAUUCACACUUACACCAAACCCACUGUCUGUCAGUAUUGCUUGAAACUGCUCAAGGGCCUCUUCCGACAGGGAAUGCAGUGCUCAGACUGUAAGUUUAAUUGUCAUCGCAGGUGUGAGUCUCUUGUUCCUCCUGAAUGUAGGGGUGAGAAAGCAAAUGGAGAAGAGGCUGGAGGGAGUCAUGUGACAGACUCUGAGGAAAAUGUGUCUGUGGUGUCAGAAAACACUCUUUAUGAAGAACUGCGUUUUAAAGAUCUGCCUCGCACAGGAGAAAUGACACCACUGCAGCCUUCUGUCACUGCGUGUUUCAGCAGUAAUAUUCCUCUGAUGCGAGUGGUUCAGUCAGUGAAACAAAUUAAAAGAAGAGGCAGUGGAGUGUUAAAGAAAGGCUGGUUAAUACACCACACCAGCACUGACGCACUGAACAAACGCCACCACUGGGUAUUAGAUAUGAAAACUAUCACCCUGUACACAAAUGAAAACAGCAACAAGUACUAUAAGGAGAUCUCACUCUCAGAGGUGCUACAGGUUCGAGGCCCUGGUCAGCUGACCAUGGCCGUGGUGCCAGACAACAGCAAGCAUUCAUUUGAGCUGGUGACAGGCACAUUAGUGUACUGUGUGUUUGCAGAUGAAGAGGGCCCCUCCUGGGAAUCGGCCCUCAAACUGGCCCUGAGGCCUCUUCAGGGCACCGCAAUGGACAUGACAGAUGCUACAGGUGAUGGAACAAAUUGUGAAGAGACACAGGACAUCUGUGAGCUGUAUCAGAUCUUCUCUGAUGAAGUGUUAGGUUCGGGUCAAUUUGGAGUGGUUUACGGAGGCACUCACAGACAGACGGGUCGUCCGGUCGCCGUUAAAGUCAUUGAUAAAACACGAUUUCCCACCAAACAAGAGAAACAGACUAAAAAUGAGGUCUCAAUAUUGCAGAGAUUGUCUCAUCAUGGCGUGAUUCAUUUGGAAGGAAUGUUUGAGACAGCAGAACAUACUUUUGUUGUCAUGGAGAAGCUCCAUAGUGACAUGUUAGAGAUGAUUUUGUCCCAUGAGAAUGGACGUCUGCCUGAACGUACCACUCGUUUUCUUGUUAUACAGGUUUUGGAGGCUCUGAGGUACCUCCAUUUUAAGAACAUUGCACACUGUGACCUGAAACCAGAGAAUGUGCUGCUGGCCUCGCCUGAUCCAUUUCCUCAGGUUAAACUGUGUGACUUUGGUUUUGCCCGUAUCAUUGGAGAGAAAUCAUUCCGCCGCUCUGUAGUUGGGACCCCUGCAUAUUUGGCACCCGAGGUCAUCAGUAGCCAUGGUUACAAUCGUUCUCUAGACAUGUGGGCUGUAGGGGUGAUUUUAUACGUCAGUUUAAGUGGAACGUUUCCUUUCAACGAGGAUGAGGAUAUUCAUCAACAGAUCACCAAUGCUUCUUUCAUGUAUCCACGCCAACCGUGGUCUCUCAUCUCGCUGGAGGGUAAGAGAGCUAAACACUUCAACAACUCUAAGUACAAAGAAAAACUUUUAUUGCUCAGAUAUUGCUCUUUAUAUUUUUUACUUUGGCUGACAAUGUUCAAAAUAAAGGUUUGGAAAAUGUUUCAACACUUUCUGUCUGUUUACCUACCUUCUGUCUCUCUCUUUAUAUUUCUUUAUCAUUUAGCGGUGAACCUGAUAAAAAACCUGCUGCAGGUGGUGGUAAGACGCAGGUUCAGUGUUGGCAAAGCAAUGGGUCACCCCUGGUUUCAGAACUUCCAGUUGUGGUGUGACCUGAGGGAAUUUGAGCAGCGGAUGGGAAUGCGGUACCUCACGCAUGAGGCAGAUGACAAGCACUGGAGAUCUCAUGCCCAGGAGAAAAGCCUCAGUUUUCCAGAACAUUUAGCAGCUGAAGCAAGUGAAGAGCAGGAACAUCAGUCAUCAGCCAAAUAGAUUUUACUUACAUAACUGUAAAUAUGCAUUAUUUGUGCAGCCUUGUGAAUCUGCGUUUUCAUAUAUCUCUUUUUCUGUACAUAAGUUUGAAAACAUUGUUCAAUAAAACAACAAAAAAAGAAUAAACUUGAGUUUUUCAACUCAAAAGCUGUAAUUAUAACCAUGUUAAUAUCAUACCCCCCAAACCAUCUUUUUGAUCAUUGUGAAAUGUGGUAGUAAUGUGGGGCGUCUUAAGCUGCACUAAGCAACUUUUGUUUUUGUGUCUUCUUGGACUUACACUGACACCUAGUGGCUUGGAUGCAGCAUUAUUUAAAAUCAAUAGUUUUCAGUUUCAGAUGUCAUUAUAGAAAUGUUAUAUUCACAGUCAGCCAUGAUUACUUUAAUCAAUGAGUGAAAGUGUCAAAUAACAGGACGGUUACUGAGAUUAAGCGAGUAGUAUUCAGCUGGUCAUGUCAUUUUAACAUGGCAGCCCCUAUGUGCAGAACGUCUCCAUGUAGAAUAAAACUGAUUUUUAUAAGGUUACUGAUAUGACUGGAGUCUUCCUCUCAUGUGCGUGCUCAUGA